GGUGCUGCUGUUAAAAGACAGGAAAUUAGCAAGAUGAAAAUCAAGCAUUUGGAUUCAACAUAGAUGAAGGCUUGAGUUAUUUAGCCACCUGAAUAGCUUAUGUGCGACUCUUUGAUGUUUCAUGUGUGUUAUUACUGCUCAAUUCUUCUGUUCGUGGCCUGUGUUCUCACUUCUCUGUACUUACUGGGUGAUGCCACUGUUCGCAUUAUUUCAAUGUGGAACACUCCUGCUCGAUAUCUUCCAACUGUUCAAUCCUGCACAGAAGUGAUUUUGCUGGACAAGGAGGGUUCUAAGAUUCAAGCUUUUGUGUGUAAAGAUCAUAGGCUCAGGGGAGAAAUAUUUACUGGGUUUGUUUACAAGAUAUCGUUGUUUAAGGUGAUUCCUAAUACUCGUGAGCUUCGCUGCACAAGUCAUGGCUAUCGACUUGUAUUUAGUACACGUACCAUCCUCACUCUGUAUGGAGAUACAUCCAUCCCUCGCGAGGGUUGGAGUUUCUUCGAUACGGGAUACAUAGAAAGAUGCAGGGGAAUCUUUUCACACUUAUCAGAUUUCAUUGGGGUGGUAUCAUCUGUAUCAGCUGUAAGGCGUUUUGUCACGGAAGGAAUGACAACCAAAAUGAUGAUUGUGGAACUUAGAGAUUCUGUGGGUAUUAUGCGUUGUUUCUUAUAUCGAGAACUUGCUGAGUUGCUGAUGCUCAAUCUCUGCUCUAAUUGGACUAAGAGGCCUGUGUUGAUUCUUCAGUUUAUUCAAGUUAGAAAUGUUAAUGGUCUUCUAUUUAUGCGUACUCUUCCUCACACAUCUAAGCUAUUCAUCAAUCCAGGCUUUGAGGUUGUUUCUUCAUUUACAAACAGUCUUUAUGCGGGAGGCAUUCGGACUGAUGAGCCAGUUCAGUUCCUUCGACCUCGUGUUCCUGAAGUUAAUAUGAAACAAGACAUGCUGAAUUUGCACCCAAAGAAAACUAUCUCUCAACUCAGUGAAUCUGAUGGGUUUUCACAGGAGGCUAUUUAUAUUGUCCAUGGCGGCAUUGUUGAUGCGCUGAAAAAUGAAGCAUGGACAUAUCCAUCUUGUAUAUGUCAUGGAGAAUUGAUUGUUCGGACUGGUGUGUAUGAGUGUCACCUGCCAGCGGUUUUUCUACACCAUGAUUCGCAGGUAUCGGGUAAAUGUUGAGGUCUUUGAUGGUCAUGAGAGUGAUGUAUUUGUGUUAAAUCACUCAGAGGUGCAGGAGUUGAUGAAACUCACACCUGAACGUGUGUUUUCUGAUUUAGAGCAAGAGUUUGAUGCUUAUUAUCCAUCUGAAGUUGAAGAGAAAGUUGUUGGAAAGGAACUUUUGUUCAAGGUCUCCAAAAUAGUUGGCUUAACGUUGAAUGGACUUCCUUGCUAUCAGG